AUGAUUAGUAGAGGGAAAUCUCCUUGGAGACAGAGUCAGAGGUUGAAGGAAGAAGAUAGGAUAAGCGAACUACCAGAUCCUCUGAUAUGUCAGGUACUUUCUCAUCUCUCCACAAAGGAUCUUGUCAAGACGAGCGUUUUGUCCACCAGAUGGAGGACUCUGUGGCUUUGGGUUCCUAGAGAGUACUUGGAUUCCAGAGAAUUCCCAUGUUUAGAUGUCUUUGUGAAGUUCGGUGAUAGGUUUUUCGAUUCCGAUAGGGCUUCGUGCAUAGACAAACUCAACUUAACUAUUGUUGUCCAUGAGGGUAGAGAUGAUGGUGCCUCCUAUUUUCACAAGUCAUGGAUUGAUGCUGCGGUUACGCGUAAGGUCCAACAUGUACAUGUUCAACUUCAUGUUGGGAACUAUUGGGAUUAUCUUGAGAUGCCCACAAGUCUUUUUAACUGUAAGACACUCGUAUCCUUAAAACUCCGUACGGUGAAGCUGGCCUUGGAUCAUGUAGGGUUUGUCUCCUUGCCUUGUCUGAAGACUAUGCAGUUGAAAUAUUUCAAUAUCAACGAGGCCAGUUUCGAGAGACUUGUCUCUUGCUGUCCUGUCUUGGAAAAGUUGACUAUCUCGAAAUGUGUGAAUAUUUUGGAUGUCAAAGUCUUUCGCGUGCUCUCCACGUCAUUGAAGAUGCUCGUUGUAGAACUCUUGAACUUCGGGCAUGCUUUAGGCUCAGGAUUUGUGGUUGAUGCUCCUCGGCUACGCUUCUUGAGCGUCGUUGAUUACUUAUCAGAAAGCUUUGUAGUACACAAUAUGGACUCCAAUGCCGCCAUAGUGGAUUUCGCUCUCACCUUUGGUCUCAAGGUUCUGGAUGAAGCAACAGGUUCAUCGAAGAGAAGUAGCAUCCGCCGUUUUCUUUCCGGGAUCUCCAAGGUCACAGAGAUGACAUUAUGUCCAUACACUUUCGAGACUUCUGUAAUCCUCAAGAAACUGACUGUACGUAUCAGUUCUGAUAUUUCAAGAGAAAAUGGCACACUCAAGAGACUCCUCGAGAUCCCAAGAGGCUCUACCAAGUGUCAAGUCGUCGUCCUUUGA